GCAGCAGCACCACCUCCUCCCGCCCUGCCUGCCCCGGCUGCUUGCUUGCCUCUGUUUGACCUGCCUAUCAUCAGCUCGCCCGCCCCGUCCGUCCCCGCCGCCGCGGAUUCCAUUCCAUUCUCCACCACCACCUCUCCCUGCGCUCCCUUUUAUUCCAUCCACCACCACCACGUCCCCCUCGCCUCGCCACCACACCACAGCACCACAAUGCCUCCUCCCAUCCUCCUCUGCUUCCUCCUGCUCCUGCUCCUCCUGCUCCUGCUCCCCGCCCCCGCCUCCGCCACGCCGGAGCGGGACGCGUACGCGCUGUCCAAGCUCAAGUCGUCCCUCGUCCCGUCCACCAACUCCACCUCCAACGCGCUGUCCGACUGGGACCCCACCGCGACCCCGCCGGCGCACUGCGCCUUCACGGGCGUCACCUGCGACGCCGCCACCUCGCGCGUCGUCGCGAUCAACCUCACCGCCGUGCCGCUCCACGGGGGAGCGCUCCCGCCCGAGGUCGCGCUGCUCGACGCGCUCGCCAGCCUCACCGUCGCCGCCUGCUCCCUCCACGGCCGCGUCCCGCCGGUGCUCUCGUCCAUGCCCGCGCUCCGCCACCUCAACCUCUCCAACAACAACCUCAGCGGGUCCUUCCCGUCUCCACCGCCCUCCCCCUCCACGCCCUACUUCCCGGCGCUCGAGCUCGUCGACGUCUACAACAACAACCUCUCCGGCCCGCUCCCGCCGCUCGGCGCGUCGCAGGCGCGCACCCUGCGCUACCUCCACCUCGGCGGGAACUACUUCAACGGCUCCAUCCCGGACACCUUCGGCGACCUCGCCGCGCUCGAGUACCUGGGGCUCAACGGCAACGCGCUGUCGGGCCGUGUCCCGCCGUCGCUCUCCCGCCUCUCCCGCCUCCGGGAGAUGUACGUCGGCUACUACAACCAGUACAGCGGCGGGGUGCCACCCGAGUUCGGCGACCUCCAGUCGCUCGUCCGCCUCGACAUGAGCAGCUGCACGCUCACGGGGCCCAUCCCGCCGGAGCUCGCGCGGCUGUCCCGCCUCGACACGCUCUUCCUCUCCAUGAACCAGCUCACGGGGCUGAUACCGCCGGAGCUCGGCGGGCUCACCAGCCUCCAGUCGCUCGACCUCUCCAUCAACGACCUCAGCGGUGAGAUACCCGACAGCUUCGCCGGCCUCACUAACCUCACGCUGCUCAACCUCUUCCGGAACCACCUCCGCGGCGAGAUACCGGAGUUCGUCGGCGAGUUCCCGUUCCUCGAGGUGCUGCAGGUGUGGGACAACAACCUCACCGGCAGCCUCCCGCCCGCGCUCGGCAGGAACGGGCGGCUCAAGACGCUGGACGUCACCGGGAACCACCUCACCGGCACCAUACCGCCGGACCUCUGCGCUGGACGGAAGCUUCAGAUGCUCGUGCUCAUGGACAACGCCUUCUUCGGCAGCAUUCCGGACUCGCUCGGCGACUGCAAGACGCUCACGCGCGUCCGCCUCGGCAAGAACAUGCUGACCGGCCCAGUCCCGCCCGGGCUCUUCGACCUUCCCCUGGCGAACAUGCUCGAGCUCACCGACAACAUGCUCACCGGCGAGCUCCCGGACGUGAUCGCCGGCGACAAGAUCGGCAUGCUCAUGCUAGGGAACAAUGGGAUCGGAGGCCGCAUCCCCGCCGCCAUCGGCAACCUCGCCGCGCUGCAGACGCUGUCCCUGGAGUCGAACAACUUCUCUGGCCCCCUGCCGCCGGAGAUCGGCAGGCUCAGGAACCUCACCAGGUUCAACGCCAGCGGCAACGCGCUCACGGGCGGCAUCCCGAGGGAGCUCAUGGGCUGCGGCUCCCUGGGCGCCAUCGACCUCAGCCGGAACGGCCUCACCGGCGAGAUACCGGACACCGUGACGUCCCUUAAGAUCCUUUGCACGUUCAACGUGUCGAGGAACAUGCUCUCCGGCGAGCUGCCGCCGGCGAUUUCCAACAUGACGAGCCUGACGACGCUGGACGUGUCCUACAACCAGCUGUGGGGCCCCGUGCCGAUGCAGGGCCAGUUCUUGGUGUUCAACGAGAGCUCGUUCGUCGGCAACCCGGGGCUGUGCGGCGCGCCCUUCGCCGGCGGCAGCGACCCAUGCCCCCCAUCAUUCGGCGGCGCGCGCUCGCCGUUCUCGCUGCGUCAGUGGGACACGAAGAAGCUACUGGUAUGGCUGGUGGUCCUCCUCACCCUCCUCAUCCUGGCCAUCCUCGGCGCGCGGAAGGCGCGCGAGGCGUGGCGUGAGGCGGCGCGUCGGCGUUCGGGCGCCUGGAAGAUGACGGCGUUCCAGAAGCUGGACUUCUCGGCGGACGACGUGGUGGAGUGCCUGAAAGAGGACAACAUCAUCGGCAAGGGCGGCGCCGGGAUCGUGUACCACGGCGUGACCCGCAGCGGCGCCGAGCUGGCGAUCAAGCGGCUGGUGGGUCGAGGCUGCGGCGACCACGACCGCGGGUUCACGGCGGAGGUCACCACGCUGGGCCGCAUCCGGCACCGCAACAUCGUGCGCCUGCUGGGCUUCGUCUCCAACCGGGAGACCAACCUGCUGCUGUACGAGUACAUGCCCAACGGCUCCCUCGGCGAGAUGCUCCACGGCGGCAAGGGCGGUCACCUCGGGUGGGAGGCGCGGGCGCGCGUCGCCGUGGAGGCGGCGCGCGGCCUCUGCUACCUGCACCACGACUGCGCGCCACGGAUCAUCCACCGUGACGUCAAGUCAAACAACAUCCUGCUCGACUCCGGCUUCGAGGCGCACGUGGCUGACUUCGGCCUCGCCAAGUUCCUCGGCGGCGCCACGUCCGAGUGCAUGUCUGCCAUCGCUGGCUCCUAUGGCUACAUCGCCCCAGAGUACGCCUACACCCUGCGCGUGGACGAGAAGAGCGACGUGUACAGCUUCGGCGUGGUGCUGCUGGAGCUCAUCACUGGUCGCCGCCCCGUGGGCAGCUUCGGCGACGGCGUGGACAUCGUGCACUGGGUGCGCAAGGUGACCGCGGAGCUCCCGGACGCCGCCGGUGCCGAGCCCGUCCUGGCGGUGGCGGACAGGCGGCUGGCGCCGGAGCCGGUGCCGCUGCUGGCGGACCUCUACAAGGUGGCCAUGGCGUGCGUGGAGGACGCCAGCACGGCCCGGCCGACCAUGCGCGAGGUCGUCCACAUGCUCUCCACCUCCGCCGCCGCCCAGCCCGACGUCCUCCACGCCUUCUGAACCUCCUCGAUUAACCAUAUGAUGAUAUGAUCCGGGGUUAUUAACGCCUGCUAUUUAUUAGCGGCUAAUUUUGGUUUGUAUUGUAUUUACUGGUGCCUUUUGGCGUCGUUACCGUGUGUGAUGAUGGAUGGAUGGAUGGAUGUGUUAUGUGUAGUUGUGUGUACUACUACGACUAAUAACCAGCAGGUGGCUACUCGUGAUCCCUGCAAGGUGAAAGUAGCGUACGUGUGUCUUAUUGCGAUGCGAUUGGUUAUUGCGUAGCUGAAUGAAUAUGUGCAUAUUACUAGUAGUAAAGUUGAAGCUGAAAUAAAAUGUGUCCAUGAUCUUACAUACAUUA